AUGUUUUCAACACGUAAUAUGAACCGAGUUCAAAUAAUUAGUUAUCUAAGAAAAAAGUUACUGCUUCGAUAUGUCUUAAUUGGAAGUCUUAUAAGUUUUGAAGUACUAUAUAUUCUAUUCAAACCAAGUAUCACUGAAAUCGAAACUGUUGUAAAACCCUUUGUAAGAUUUUCUCAAUCCUCUAACAAUCUAUGUCAUCGACCUGAUGGAACUACGUUCAUGAACAAUCAAUUACAAAAAUUAGAUAUAAAUGAAACAGACCAUCGAAGUGCAUAUAUCAACGAAAGCUAUGCUUUACGAAUCUCAUAUAUAUCGAAAAAUUAUACAACUUUAAGUGAGUUUAUUGAAAAUACUCGCAUAGCUAUUAUGUCGCGUCGAUUGAUUCCAAAAGCUCGUACCCUUGAUAUAAUCUUUCAUCAUCCGCCGUAUAAAGAUAUGAUAAAGCCAUUUUGUGACGGUUUAUGGAUGGAAUUUGGUGUGUUUCAAGGUGCAACAUUAUCUCAAAUUGCGAAAUGGAAAAGUACAUAUUGCAGUAACAUAAGUCAGUUAGUUUAUGGUUUUGAUACUUUUACUGGUUUACCUACAGGCUGGAGACCUGGAUAUCCUCCCGGAUCAUUGAGUAUUCCUAAUGGAACAAAAAUCUCAGUUCCACUUAAUGCUGUUUUAGUUAAAGGUCUGUUUAUUGAUACAUUACCGACUCAACUUCGUUUGCUUGAUCUUGAAUACCGUUGUACAACUCCAGUAUCAUUUGUACACAUUGAUUCUGAUACUUAUAGUAGUGCGCGAGAUGUUCUAUUUCUACUUGGAACUCGUUUCGUACCAGGCACAAUUAUAAUAUUCGAUGAAUUAUUCAAUUAUCCAUCUUAUGAGAAACAUGAAAUCAAAGCUUUAUUUGAAUUUUUAUCGAGCUCAAAUUUACGAUUUAUACCGUUGGGUGCCACUGAUAAAAUUUUAAAAAAGCCAUUGGACGAUGAAUGGGUACAAUCAUUUGGUUUUGUUGUAGACUUCGAAGAACUCAGCUAG